AGGGGAACGAAUCAAAUUCUACGGGUAUACGCCGCGGCAAGCAAUCCAAAGCUGCCCAAACAGAAACAAAGAGUAUCAGGCCUCCGGCAUGGACAGGAAUGCCAUGAGGGUCCAGUACGCCUCGUUUCCUGGUUGAAUUGAAGGUUGCUGGUUUGCGAAACGAUCACCCGCAUGAUGCAUGAUAUGGAGAAUGUCGUAGUUACUGUACCUGCGUUGUGAAGAUACUUUGUUUCAAAGCCCAGCUUUUCGCACCCAGCUGUGCGGCCGAGGUCGUAGAGAGCAACUGUGAAGUGACGGCGGGUAUCCACAGGUUGCCGCGGUCCGCUUCGGGCACGUCGUCUUUGAAUAACCCGUUGAAUCGGCACUUCUCCAUGGCUAAAAAGGCCUCGCACGACAGAUCCAGAGCGUCGCUUUCGCUGAUUUCAUCGUAUUCGCUCUCGCUGAGAAGGCGGAUGUUCUCCCAAGCGAACAUAUUCAGAGAGGUGUCCACGAGGUCGAGUCACUCCAGUCAGCCAGCUGGCAACAUCGGUGGUACAAGCUUCAUCGGCCUCGUACCCCGGCAAGAGAUCUUCCUCCACUCCGUCAUCACUGUCCUCAUGGUCGCUUUCGGACCCCUCGUACUCCUCAUCGUUGUCCUGCUCAGCAUCAUCGCUGUCGCCAUCAUUUGCACCUCCGUGCAUCAUUGCCAUCGCUCGCGCCGCCUUCCUCGUCAUGCCAACUUGGGCUCGAGCGGCGCCCUUCGUCGUCAAGUCGCGGGUGUCGCGGGCCGCCUUCGCAACCUGGGCGAAGCACUUCUGCGUGAAAUUUGUUAUAUCGUCGUAGGCUCUACCUUUCUUCUUGUCAAGGCUGCUCGACAUGGCUUUCACUCUGUCCUGAUUGCUCUUGGCAGCCACCCCGGAAUACAGGACCUUCAAGUCCCUCUUGAAAUGCCUGAACAGCGUCGUCUUUGUGCCGUUCGGGAACUUCAACAGCCACGAUUGGCAAUAGUCGUAGGUCGACCAUUCGGUUGGCUUUGUGUUCGUCCAAUACUCUUCGAGCCUCUGAAUCCACUCGACAGAGGCCGAAGGCAGCCGCCGAGCGGGCACGCCUCUGCAGCGUCCUGAUGUGCCUCAUUUGGUCGAGUGACCGCGUUGCAAAGGAAAGGAGAGAGAUGGUGUGAUGUGUGAUGUGUUGAAGAUGGCAUAAAAGUGCUGUUGAAAGCAUAGGGAAAACGUGAGGGGGAGCGAGUGCAGGCUGUCUUCUAUAUGACAUCCUCUCAUUGGGGGAGUGUGUGGAAGCUAAUCAUGAGGCUAAUCUGUUGCCAUGAAAAAUGAAAAAUCGAUUCCCC